AUGGAUUCAGCAGACACUCCAGCAGACACUCCAACAGGCACGCCAGCGAGGACUUCACAACAGGCACACCCGCGCCGCAUCGCGCCCAUGCGUGCCCCAUUUUCUCCAAGAAUAAUGCGUCGCCAGAACACUCCGACUCGGUUGCCCGAAGACUUCGUCCACACAGCCGGUCAAGCCCCAGUUGCCUUCAACGGCGAACAACCCAAUUUACCCGCAAGAAGGGCAUUCGUACCUGUCUCCAAUUCUUCACAGGAACCCCCGAGCCGACUUAUCCCUUCUCAAGAGCAAACUGGCCGUCAAAGUCGAAGACGCCCGUGCAGUCCCAGCCCCAAUCCCCGCCCUUCGACACGCAGAAGGCUUACCUUGGCCUCCGAAGACACCAGCAAUGAGGUAACAUUGCCGCAAGUGGCCGUCUCUUCAGCUAGACGGCCCUAUGGCACUGGCCCCGAGCCCGAAGUUGAGUCCGCACGCUCCCCAUUUGCUCGCCCUCAGAACCCAAAAAUCUCCGACGAGCGCUUCACCGAGAUGCGUCGUAGAGUCAUUGCAUCCAAAAUUACCUCCAACGACUACGCUAAGUGCGUCGCUGGGAUACGUCGUAUAGCCAUGGUCGCCAUGGACUCCGACGAGCGCCCCGCAAAGAGCAAGCAACGUUUGCACGCGGCCAUCGCCAACGAGGUCGCUAAGGUCGCACCCUUCCUACCUUUACCUAGCGCACCCCAAGCCGACCCUUUACUACCACCACCAGCUUACGCACGACGCGAUCCAUGGCAACACCCCAUUGGCACGGACUACGACCUCAGAAGAAAUAUAUAUGGCCGCCAACACAACAACGGCGCUCCUCGUCUGCCGCUGUACACCCCCUUUCGCGGUCUCGGCGAACGUGUCCUCCAGUUUGGUGGAGAGGAGGAAGAGCAGCGGAGGGCCUUUGUUAAGUGGUUGGAAGAGGAGUGUUGCCGGGAAAAGGAUGAGAGGGAGUGUUUGCUACCGCAGCGAGCAACCGGAAUCCUGCUCCUGGAGGAGCUAAAUAAAUUGCUAACGUUUACAACCACGUUGGAACAGUAUGAGCGAUAUCGCUCGUCGUCAACCAGGCGGAUUUGA